UAUACAAUAAUAAGGGAACUGAAAAACUGCGCCGGAUGCGAGAUGGAGGGGUUGUGUUUGUUGCUGUUUGUAACUUUUAUGAAUUUUGGUUUAGUUCAGAACGAAGGAGAUGCAGACAGACCCAACGUCUUAUUCCUCGUUGUGGAUGAUCUGGCUCCGGUCAUCUCAAGCUAUGGAGGCAGAGCCCUGACACCUAACAUUGAUCAGUUGGCUUCACAGUCGGUCAGGUUCACCAACGCAUAUGCACAGCAACCACUGUGUGCUCCAUCUCGAGUGUCCUUUCUGACAAGUCGACGCCCGGAUACGACAAAGACCUACUACAACGGAGCCUUAUACUGGCGGACGAACGUGGGCAAUUUCACCACGUUACCACAAUAUUUCAAGGACGCUGGUUACUUCACUGCAAGCAUCGGUAAAAUCUUCCAUUAUGGUCAUGUCAGUGGAGAGGACAAUGAUUCUCCCUACAGCUGGUCUGUGCGCCCCUAUCAUGCACCUACACUACCGUAUGGGUUUGAAAAGGUUUGCCCAGGAUCCGAUGGACGGCUCCAUUUCAACCUGCUGUGUCCAGUCAACGUGUCCACUCAGCCUCUCGGUUCGCUACCGGACAUCCAGACCACUGACCACAUCCUAGAGAUCUUCAAGAGUCUGUCCGAGAGUCGCCAGGAAGCAUCUGCACCCCACCUGCCGUUCUUCUUGGGGAUGGGUUUCCAUAAGCCUCACAUCUCCUUCAGAUAUCCCAAGGAAUAUUUGGAGUUGUACCCUCUGGAGUCUGUGGAUAAAGCCCCCAACGCAUUCUACUCCCAGACCCAGCCCCCAGUUGCUUGGAACCCAUUCAUGGAUGUCAGACGGAGGGAGGACACGACUUCACUCCACUUGCCGUUUCCUUACGGUCCUAUGCCCGACAAAUACCAUUAUCUGAUCAGGCAAGCGUACUACGCCUCAACCACCUACAUGGAUUAUGAACUGGGACGUGUCUUGGCUGGAUUAGAGGCGGCCGGGUUUGCAGAUGACACUAUCAUCAGCUUCAUCUCCGACCACGGAUGGCAACUUGGUGAGCAUCAGGAAUGGUCCAAGUAUAGCAACUAUGCCACAGCCACGAGAGUUCCAUUCAUGAUCCACGUACCAGGCAUAACAGACACUGUGAAAGAAGGCUCCAAGAAGCCCAAGUUUCCUCUAAGGGAUCCGUUCUUGGAGUACAAGUCGACAUCGAGGGUUAGAGGGAAGAGCAAGGCCACAAGCUCGCAGGGAGUGUUGGUCAGCGAUGCUCUGGUGGAGCUAACAGAUCUAUUCCCGACCCUUACCGACUUGGUACAAUUACCUGUGCCACCCCUUUGUCCUGUCAACUCAUCCCAAGUCGACACUUGCGUGGAGGGUGUUAGUCUUGCUCCAAUCAUUGUAGAUACAGCUUUGAAUCACUCAAGCAGGAGUAGUCAGUCCUGGAAGAAGGCAGCUUUCACCCAAUACCCUCGGCCCUCCGACACCCCCCGACCCGACAGCGACCAACCAUCCCUGGCCAACAUUACCAUCAUGGGAUACUCCAUGAUCACAGCCAAUGGCUACCACUACACGGAAUGGGUCGGCUUCAAUAACGUCACCUGUGAGAUGAAUUGGAGCGACAACCACGCGAGAGAGCUGUAUAUUCUCCACUCAGAUCCUUUGGAAGAUACCAACGUUGCCGAUGUAAAGAAAAAUGAACGGCUUGUGCAAAGACUAUCUACGAAAGUUAAAGAGAAGCGUCUGGCAAUCAAGACUAGUAAUCUUUCUUACUCUGAUUGCCAAGAGAGGGCGCUAUACAAUAACAGAGGAAAUGAAAAACCGGGGCCGGAUGCAGGAUGGAGGGGUUGUGGUUUUUGCUGUUCGCAACUUUUAUGAAUUUUGGGUUAGUUCAAAACAAAGAGAGAGGAGAUGUGGACAGACGCAAUGUCUUAUUCCUCGUUGUGGAUGAUCUGGCUCCGGUCAUCUCAAGCUAUGGAGGCAGAGCCCUGACACCUAACAUUGAUCAGUUGGCUGCACAGUCGGUCAGGUUCACCAACGCAUAUGCACAGCAACCACUGUGUGCUCCAUCUCGAGUGUCCUUUCUGACAAGUCGACGCCCAGAUACGACAAAGACCUACAACAACAAAGGCUCAUAUUGGCGGACGAACGCGGGCAAUUUCACCACACUACCACAAUAU